UCCACCAUCCAUAUGUCACCUAGCAGAUAGAACAUUUCUUCUGGGAAAUAAAAGCAUAGUGAAAUGCAAAUAGUAGCCAGAAAUAAGUAAAUUUGAGUCUCAGAUCUACUCCUGUGAGUUGCAUAAUUCAGUUGUACCCCAUGAUGGAACAGGUGAUUGUAGUCAACAGUGUGCCUGCCAUUACUGCCUCAGGUAAUGUUCAUGUCAACCAGCCCAGCAACUCUGUGGCCUCUGGAAAUCACGUGCAGCCUUCAAGGGUGACCACUUACCCAAUCUUACCAAAAGUAAUCCAGCAUGCUACAGGAACAGCAAACUUACAGAACCAAUUCGUGGUGAACCAGAAACCAGUAGCAGGUGCACAGAGUCAAUCCAUUGGGUAUCAGCAACAGUAUCCGGUGGGAGCAGCCAGUUUGCAGACUGCACCUGGGGUGAUCCAGUAUGCACAGGGAAUGACGAAUUUCCAGACACGGCCUGGAGACCCUCAGAAUCCUCUGAAUGCUAACCCUGGGCUGACACCCACUUCAAACUCGUUCCAAUGGAACGUGUCAUUUUCAUCAUUUACUGCAUUUGAUCCCAAGAAAUUCGUAAAUGAGGAGAUCAGAACAUUAGGGGCCAUCCAGAUCCUCAUCGGCCUGACGCACAUUUUCUUUGCAAUUAACCCUGUGCUGUAUCGCUGUACUUUUGUGAUGCCAUGUUAUACUGCAACUGGGCUUUCAGGGUACCCACUCUGGGGAGGACUAUUCUACAUUACAUCUGGAUCCCUCUCAGUAUGGGCUUCAAAGGACCCCAGCCCUUGUGUGGUGAGCACCAGCGUCGUCCUGAACGUCAUCUGCGCACUCUUGUCCCUUGGCGGGAUCCUCAUUCUCAUUGUGGAUCUGUGCACUGACUAUAAGAUGGUAGAUGUAAAGACAAUUUUUGGUGGUCUGCUCCCCUUCGCCCUCCUGGAGUUCAUCCUCACUUGUGUGGUCUCAUAUUUUGGGUGCCAGGCCACCUGCUGCAGACAAUUUGAGAAUGCAACAGGGAUUCCAGCCAUAUUCAGUUUCAACCCAUCCAGUACUACCACCACCGGCCCUGUCAAUGCUACCACCAGCCCUGUCAAUGCUACCACUGUUCCUGUCAAUGCUACCACCAGCCCUGUCAAUGCUACCACUGUUCCUGUCAAUGCUACCACCAGCCCUGUCAAUGCCACCACUGUUUCUGUCAAUGCAACCACCAGCCCUGUCAAUGUGACCACUGGCCCUGUUAACACCACCACUGGCCCUGCCAACACUACCACCAAUUCUGUCAAUGCUAUCUACACCAACAUUGUACCCCUGAACCCUCAUAUCAAGAAAUAACUGAUUUGCCCAAAGCUAGAUGACAUAGGAUGCCUGUCUUAAUGACAAGAGGAUGCACUGCAGCAGUAUCUUUCCUCCUCCCUGAAACUUCCAUGCCCAUGACCCUACCCUUGCUGCCAGACUGAAAUGAACAAGCAUUUCCUCUCCUCUUCACCCCUAACCUUCAUUUUUGUUAUUGAUGCCUUUUUUUUAAUUUAUAAAUAAUUUUCCUUUGG